GGCGUUUUUUGCGUUUGACGCAGCCGCUGCUUGGCUCACAUUUCGUAGGAUCUUAACGAGGCGUCCUCGGAGCUCACAGAUCACGAAUUUCGAAGCCCGGCACGCCGUCAGCGUCGAUUGUUUAAAAUCGCAGCCAGUGCGCUUUGACCUGAUACAAAAAUCAAUCGCGCUACGGCACGCGCCGCUCCCCGAAAACCAUGGCGAACCGCACCGGCUGCUGCGCCUCCUGCUGCAAGAUGCUCAAGAAGUUCUCUUUGCUCUUGAUAAACACCGCCGACGCGGGCAUCGGCUGCGCGGCUCUGGGCCUGGCCAUCUACCUCCGGAGCAAUAAAGCCGGCGCCGAAGUCGCCGUGCAGCGCGCCGUCCACGCUAGUUUAUUCCUGGCCGGCGCCUUUCUGCUGGGCGCGGCGCUCGGCUUCGGGGGGACCGUCUUCGACAGCCCCUGCGCUCUCAGACUCUCCGGCUUGCUUGCUAUACCGUUAGCUAUCGUCGGCGCGGGCGCGGGCAUAUACAUGGCGACGAUGAAGGAUUCCUGUCUUGACUAUGUCGCGAAAGCCACACCUUCAGAGGAGCAAACUGCGUCGCACUACUACUGGUUCGUCGUCGGCGGCGUCUUCGGCGGGGCGGUGCUUGAAAUGAUACGGUACUCGCUUGCUAAAAAUUUGUCGAGGACGCUGUCGUCGGAAGCGGACGAUCUACGCGUGUCUCUGGCGGCCGAAGAGGCGGCGUCGAACGCGAGGCGGGAAGUGAGCGAAGCCGCGCGGACCGGUAGAUUCGAUCAAUUACGGGCGUAUUACCGCGACAAGUACAACCCGCCGGAACCGGACGAGGAGAGCGUCGGCGCGGCGUCCUCGCGGAACCCGUUCGAGGACGAUUCGGACGGCGACGAGGUGAACCCGCUCCACGGCGAGUCGCCCGCCAAGGCGGCGCAGCCGUGGUACGCGGGGCUCUGAUGAUCGAUCCCCUGUCUUUCUCCCUUGUAAUAGUAAUCUGAAAAAAUUC